GACAAUGAUUGAACGUAGACCCGAAAUAGGCGGGGCUUAGUAGUGCCGCUACAACAACAACAACAACCAUUUCAAGACUAUCGUGUUAUUAAACUCCAUGAAAACUAUCGAUAUAUUCGAUAAUGCUAUCAAUUUAUUUUCAAUAUCUAAUUGUACUGCUUCCAGCAAUUUAUUUUGUUUCCAAUAGAAAAGUGCAAAACAAAAGUUAAAGAUCCAAAAUAAAAUGGACAAGUUUUCUCAUGACUUGACCGUUGCGCUCAUGGAAGAGACUUCCUUUUUAGAUCGUGCGCGAGUUAGUAGGUGUGGUCAAAGGCGAAGGACUCGGUCAACUGGCAAUUUGCCGUGUGCACCGCAGCCAACAGAGAAGGAAGAUUCUUCAAGUAGCCCAAGUGAUGGCCGAAAGGCAACUAAUAUAGAUUGCCUGGAAAUUAAAAAUGUGGAGCUACCAACGAUGAGCGAUUCAGAUGAUAAAGAAAUACCACUUCCUUGUAAUUCGUCUCUUAAAACAUCACUUAGACUAGGCACGCUUGAGUCAGAUUCAUUAAAUGAAACUUUUAGCCCUGCACGAUUUUUCAAACCAAGUGCAAGAAGAAAACGCAAGUGUAAACGAAUGUCAAUGGAGUGCGACUUAGGUAUUAUCACACCAGACCGCCAGGACAAAACUGCCAACAUGUCAAAUGAGAUUCCAGUUAGUAUUGUAGGUUCCGGAACUUUGAGAAAGCGCGUUCUCAAGCCAGAUCCAAAUAACCGUGGCAAUUUAUUUUUCUGCGGAAAACGUAAACGGUCAAACCGAGAUCGAUACCACGAUUAUGAUCAGUCAAAAUCUCACUCGACAAGCAUGCCUCGUUUUACUAAUAUGGAGGAUAAUAGAUUACGACCUAGGAGCUAUUCCUCUACGUCAAAGCCAAAUAGUGAACGAUUGCUGCCUUUAAAUAAAGGACUUCUGUCAAAAAUUGAAAAAAUAUCACAAUCACAAAAUGUUUGCCUUGAGCAAAAACCGCAAACAAUGAAUUUGAACAUUGCUGAAACCUAUAUUCCAUCAACAAUAUCGGGCGUUAUUCAAGCCCCACAGCAAGAACACGCUAGUCUACGGAAAAAACGAGGCUUAUAUCGCCGUAAUCAACUACAACAACUGCAGUUUACUGUUGAUCAGCAUCCAAUGGAUUGCGGUAGCCUAAAUGACUUUUUAAGUUCAAGUUCAUUAAGCUCAUCUGAUUCUGAUUACGCUAAAACCACAAACGAUACAGACCGCGAAGGUGAUGAUGAACUAACAGAUUGGCCGGGAAACGAAUAUGUUAGUGGCUCUUCUGAUAUUAAAAACGAUUCUAAACGAAAACUUACAAAGAAAUGUAAUAACAUCGUUAAUAAGUCUGAUGAAAGUAGUUUUGCUGCUGUAAUUGGGGAAGAUGAUACAAUUAUGCUAGGUAGCGAGGAUUGGUCACCCAACAUUUCACAAGAUAAUCUGGAACUACGACAUCGGCCGUCAGAACCUAUCACUAUCGUAAAUAAACGGCUUGACCUAGGUCGAACUAUAUGUGAUGACACCAUCAUUCCAUUUAAACAAAUAGAAAGCGAGAUGUCAGGAGAGACAUCAAAUACUUUUUUAUCUUCGCCGCCAGCUCAGUUAAAUACAAUAAGAGAAAUACGCGCCGGUUGCCGUCGUAUUAAAGAGGAAAGGCCUGGGUUUAGCAUUAAAACAAGUGUAAAUGAACGUCUUGCGCGCUUUUUACAAGAUCCACGACAAGUACAAAUCCGCCUUCCUGAUGUAGAAAUCUAUGAACAUGAUAGUCUACUUAAUUUGGCAACAUUGUAUUCUUUGCGAAUUUCGCUGUCCAAUGGAUGCGCAGUACUUAACAAAACUAGUAAUACCACACAGUCGGUUAAUAUCGACCAGAAUAAUUUGCAAAAAUGUUUACUGAGUGAUUUUAAACGGCGAUGCUAUGGAAACAAAAGUGAUGUUUUGCCAUGAAAUUGAAAGGACAUAUUGCAACUGCAGUGAUGGGACUAAAAUUAGGAAAAAAAACGAGCCAGAUUUAUCUCCGGUCAAGACUAUUUUCACGAAAUUUCUUAGGAAGACAUUUCACUUCGGAAUAACUAGUAUAAAGCUGAAUUUUUUCUUUUGUGGUUUUGAACAAUAUAACAAAAGUCCUCAUCGAUUCAAGUGACGCUAGAUUUGUUACCUAAAAGGUAAAAUUUCGUAAUAAACGGUUUUUAAUCUUUUUAA